AGCACGCACACGGCCGCGCUCGGUUAACAUUUAAUAUUAUUUACGAGAUACAUGUGCAAAAAUAUUGGAUGAGCGUGUUUUUUGUUUGACAACAUACUUUGUUACCAAAUGGAAAAAGUAAAACGUUUAUAAAUAAUCGCGGCCGCUUUGUGUUCACGUCCAUUAAAUUUCUGCAAAAGCGACUGGCAAUUAUCACAAAAAUAGCAAUAUUCAAUCAAAUUCAAAUGUGUGAGAGUGUGCAUGUGUUUUGGCCAAAUCGGAAAAAUCAUUUGCCAAAAUAGCUAUAUACGCUAUAUAUACCAAUACGUAUUGGUGCCUGUGUGUGUAUAUGUGUGUGUGUGUAUAUGCGGAAAACAAAUAACAAUAUCAAACGGCAAUUGUUUCAAGUGAAUUGCAAUAAUUUUGUUGGCUGGCCAGAUGUGUUUAAUAAAUGAUUCCGAUUGCGCCAGUUGUAUAUUAUUAUGGCCUUGUUGAAUAAACUCUUCUUUCCGUCGGUAUCAGCACCAACCGCAGCAGCAGCAGCAACACCUACGCACCCACCAUCGCAGUCCGCUGCGCCACAAACACAAACAACGCACACAGCCGCUUGCGCGACAACAACAACAACAACAGCAGCCCCAAUUUAUAGCCAAACGACGACAGUAGCGGAGGCGGCUUCACGUACACACGCCUCCGCUUCAAACGCUGCCGGCAACAAUAAUAGUUCGUCGUCCGCGAAAGCUACGCAAACGUCCAGAAAUUAUCUAAGUCAAUUUCCCUUCGAUGAAAGUCAAGUGCGUGUGCUGCUCUACAGAGAGGACGACAGUCAUGGGCGACGCUUGCUCUUCGACUCGCAUGCGCUGCAGAAGGUGAUCUUCAAGGAUAAUGGCAACAACAACAGUUGCAGCGGCGGCGGCGGCGGCGGCGGUGGCAAGUUCCUUAAGAACGACAAGUCCACAACGCUGCAGAACGGAAAGAAGAUUCAAACCAAAGCACAUUCCAGCAACAACAACAGCAACAAUCUGAUUGAAGUCUGCGCUGAAUAUGGUUACAAGCACAAUCGUCCGUCGGGCGCGGAUAUUACGCCCAUUGGCGAGAUGGUCUUUGGCUCGCUGGCCAUGUCCUAUUGCGGCACUGCGCUAAAGGUGCACUGGCUGCCGCAGCCGGCGCGCAUACUCUGCUCCCAGGUCUACCUGACGCCCACUAGCAAUGGCGCGGGCGCAGCUGCGGGCAGUGGCGUCUCAGGCAGCGGGCAUUCGCCUUACUCCACGCUCUCCAUGAACAGUCUGAGCACGCCGCGCACUUCGAUCUGCAGCGAACAUGGCUCCAUGGAUGGGCUCUCUAUGAACUCCUUCUCCAUGCCCUUCAGCGUCAGCGUGGGGCGACAAAUGAGCCUGACGCCACCGCUGGAUGUGCCAGCGCCCGAUCAGCAGUCGCUGUCCAUCAACUCCACGGACAGCGGGCCGCGCUUCAGCUCCACCUACAGCAAUGCCACCGACUCGGGCUACUCGGCCAGCGGCAGCGGCACUGUGGGCGCCUAUUUCGGCGGCGAUCAGUGGUCGUAUCAGUACUCGACGCGCAGCAGUCUGGGCAGCGUGCUCUCGGACCAGUCGGAUCAGGCCAAGCGCAAGCUCAGCCUGGACGAAUGGAGCUACUACGCCAGCUCGCCGCAUCUGGAUGAGUUCGCCAGCGAUGGCUGCCUGCAGCGUCGAAUCUCGCGCAAUCUGCGCACCUCCUUCGAGUACGAGCAUUCCAAGAACGAUCUGAUUGGCUUCUUCAGCGACAACUACACACAGCAGACGCAGCAGGCAGCGCCAGGUGGCAGCGAAGGCGCCGGCAUGACCGCGCCGCAGUAUCGACGCGCCAGCUACUGCGCCAAUGAGUCCAGAAGCAAUCCGGAGAUAGGACGGCGUGGCCACAAUCUACGACGUCGCGCCAAGCUGGGCCUGGCCGUAUGCAUUACCAUGAGCGAGUCCUUCGAGGAGGAAAUGGAGCUCUUCUGCAGCGAGCACAUAGCACUGCUGGAGUCCAUGCUGAGUCGCCUGCGUGCGAGCACGGAGCACGCGUAUAUCAAUCAUAAGAAUUUUCUGCAGAUCAUGUUCCAAGCCUGGCAGGAUGCACAGCAAUGGUUCAGCGACUUGUUUACAGCGCCGCGUAUCAAGACGCCCGUCUGGCUGAGCAUCACCACCAGCGGCAGCAAGUACUCCAAGACGGUAGCGGAGCGUUUCAUCAAAGAGCUGUGUGAUCUUUUAUCAUUUGCCGAUACCAAGGACUCCAACUUCUUCAUUAGCACCAUGCUAACGGGCAUUUUAACCUAUCAUCUGGGCUGGGUGGCCACUGUCUCCGCCUUUAACAGCAACAGCUCGCGCAGCUUGAGCGCUACGCCUUCCUCUGCUGCGCUGGAGCGACGCGCCAAGCUGCUCAAAGUCUCACAGAAGCAUCCGUACAAUGCGCUGUGGGCGCAGUUGGGAGAUCUCUAUGGCGCCAUUGGUCUGCCACCCAAGCUGGCGCGCACUGUUAUCUAUGGCACUGAGAAAAUGUGGGUGGAGAAGCUGCUCAAUGUGCUCACCUAUUUCAUACGCUGCAGCGAGGUGCGACGUGCCGCGAAGCGUGAGGAUUUCAACAAGCAGCUCAUCAGCGAGCUGGUAAUGAAUCAGCAUAGCCAGGAGCAGCAGCAGCAGCAGCACAAGAGUCCGCCCAGCAUGCGGCAACGUGGCAAGCCGAGCUUGGGUCUGACGCGCUGCAAGUCGAGCAAACAGAAUCUAAGCGCUUUGGUGGCGGAUGUGGAUCAGCAGCAGGAGCUGGACAGCGGCACUGAGGACCUGGACCAGCAGCAGCAGCAGCUGCAGCAGGCGCAACAGCUGCCGCAGCAGGAUGCACAGUUCAUAGGCACGCUGAAGAAGAAUGAAAUACCCACUGUGCUGGCAUUUCGGGACUCGCAUUUUGUGCAGCAGGAGCUGCGCAUUGGCAACUAUCUCAUGGACACGGGCAUAGAGAAGAAGACGCUGCUGGCGCGCCAAGCGCAGCAAUAUUUCCACACGGGCAAGGACGGACGCAUACGGUUGACAGUGACGACGCCAGAUAAUGUGGAGAUGUGCAUGGAGGAGGACUCCAAUGCGGGCUCAGUGGCCACCAGCGGCAGCAUUGAUGAUGGCGCCAUCGAAGCGCUGGAGUUUGAUGAAAGCAAAACGCCGAAGCAUGAGCCUGAGCUGGAGCCACAGCCCACAUCGCAGCGCAAGAAACAUUUCUUCUGGAACAUUGUGCCCACGGCGGGAGUGAAGGAGGGGCUCAGUCUAAGCGACGUGGCCAAGCUGCAGCAGGGCGUGAAGCUGAUCAAUCGCAAGCUGGAGCGACGCGCCAGCAACUAUUCCGUGGAGAGCAAUGCGCCGAGCAUUAAGGAUGAGCCCGAGGAUAAGCUGGGCGAACUGCAGCGACGCAUUUCGCACUUGUCGCUGUCGGAUCUCAUUACGCAGAACAGCAUGGGCAAGAGCGACCGCAUGACCUGGGGCAUUGAGCCCAUCAAGGAGAACGUCAGUCUGGAGGAGCAAAUUCACUUCGACAACUGCCAGAAGCUCAUUGAGCGCGAGCAUGGAAUUUGCCGCCAACCCUCGGUGGACAAUGGCAACGGCGUUGUCUUUGUGCUCGGCGACAAUGAGCAGCUCAUAAAUCUCAAGAAGAGCAACGAAGAUCUCAGCGAGGAUGCAGGCAAGCUGCCGGCGCAGCUGUGUGCGCUGCAUCAGCGCAGCCAUGACAUGGCCAACAAGAAGCACUCGGGCAUGAAGUUUAACUUUGAGCAAUAUCCGCAAAUCGCCACCAACUACAUGAAGAGCAAGAAUCUGCUCAUGUCCAACUAUGAUUUGCUUAUGGACAAGGCCAGCAAGCUGGAGGCCAGCGAGGCGCUCAAGAGCAGCGACAGCAGCGUCACGCUGCAUCAGCAGCAUCAGCAGCAGCAGCAACAGCUGGAGCCCACAACCAGCAGCAGCAGCAGCACCAACUUGCACUCCACGGCGGUCAGCACGGAGCUCUGCGUGCUUUGCAACGGCGGCGCCAGCGCCACCUACCAAACACCCUCGAAUGCCACUGAGCUGGAGUUUGAAACGGAUGAAGUGCAUUGCUACAACGAGAGCAGCAACAAUUCCAGCGCCAUGCGCUCUGUCAACUCUGCCGCCUCCAUAGACACGCUCAAGUCCAUGCCAGAGCCAGCGACGACGCCCAACUAUACGCGCCGCCAGCAGAACAAGCGUGUGCCCUCGCAGCGCAGCUCCAUCUCUUCGGUGGCCGCCAAGUGUGCAGCAGUCAACGAGCAGCAACAGGUGCUCAAGCUGCCCGUGCCUGGCAUCAAGGAACUGCCGCAGGAGGAUGAGCCACCCGGCGACAAGCUGCGCGCUGGCUUCAUUCCAUCGCUGCUGCUGAGCGUCAGUGAUCAUUAUGUCUCCGAUAUGGUGCUGCAGGGCACCUGUGCGCCGCCUAAUAAAUGGGAAAUGCAUCUACGCGAGGAUCUGGCGCUGGCCGCACGCUCCGCCUCGCUCAUUUCACAGCCAGCUGAGAAUAUAGCCAUUGUGGCCGACAUGGACAAGUGGGAUGUGCGUCUAAUCUCAUCACAGGCGCAGCAGUUUCCCUAUGCGGGCGGCCAGAGCGCACCCGUGGGCAUGUCCCAGCUGGUGGCCAGCAUGCUGGAAACAGUGCAGGCCAUGCACGUGGGCGGCAUUCCAGCCUAUGAGUGCUUGUCCUUUUUGGAGUCCAAGCUACAGGAGAUCUAUCUGCAGUCGGAGACGCUGGCCGCAUUUCUGCUUGAAACCGAUCCUUGCCGACUGAGUGACAUUACCACACCGCUGCAGCUGACGGACAACGAUGUGCCGCUGCUUCUGUCCAUUGCCUACAUACACACGCCCAAGAUUAGUCGCAAGUGCGGCAUCAGCUUUAGAUGACGCACCAUCAGCUGCAGCUGUUAGCCUUGCCAAUUGCCAAUUGCCACAUUCAUUUAAUUCGUAAACCACAUCUCACGCGCAUCGUCCCCAAAGCGAAACAAGCAAAUACUCCAGCGAAUUUUCAUUUCACUGAUUUUGUGAUAUAUUUUUAUGAAUAUAGCGUGUAGUAGUUGUAACGUACAUAUAUAUAGAAAUCACAAUUUAUCAUCAUAAUUCUAACCAUAUAUGUAACUUACAUUACAUACAUACAUACGCACAUUUAAUUUAGGGCGCACACUCAUCGCAGUCACAUGAAGAAGUAUUGUAAAUUAUUUGACUUAGAUUUAGUUUGGAUGAUUGGGGGGGCCGAGAGCUUAGCAGCACUUGAGGCUGCUAUCGAUUGGACAAACGUAUCAUGUGCCUCCUUCAUACUUUAGUUAGCGCUUAAAUUAGAAUUAAUAAUUUAUGACAGCUAUAAUCUAUUAACGAUUUAAUUGUAUUGCCCACAAUACAAUCUCUGUAGAUAAGAAACGGGCGGGUUGCGGGGGUGCAGUUAGCAAUAUAAACAUUCGAGAAUUAACAUUAUAUAUAUAUACAUAUAGUAUAUAAGCAAUGGAUAAAUUUGUAUACGUAUUUUUGAAAA